AUGGCCCCCUCCUCCCCCACCACGCCUUUCCCCCUCUACCUCCUCCCCAGCAUGUCCUUCCGGCGCCGUAGCUCCACCCAAUCAACAUCCACCAUCAGCACCUCGCCCUCGUCCUCUCCUCCCGCCCCAACCUCCUUCCUCACCCCAACACCCACCGCGAACCUGCGCUGCACAAAGUGCCUCGCACACCUCAUCCCCACCUCCUGCAUCAUAAGCAAAGGCUUCACCGGCCGCCACGGUCGCGCCUACCUCGUCUCGCCGCCGCCUCCUGACGCCGUCCUCCACCCGCCACCCUCCUCAAGCGGCGCCGCGUGGCGUCCCACCGAGCUGCCCAACACACUUACGCAUAAGCCGGUUGCGCGCCAGCUGGUCACGGGCGCGCACACUGUCAGCGAUAUUAGUUGUCGUGCGUGUGGAUCGGUGCUGGGCUGGAAAUACGUGCAUGCCGAGGAGGAGACGCAGCGGUACAAGGUCGGGAAGUAUAUUCUGGAGACGAGGAGGGUGGUGAAGUAUGGGAAUGAGUGGGAGGACGCCGAUGCGGAGGUAGAGGCGGGUGCGAGUAGAAGUGUCGAGGACGAGGGAGAUGCGCAGGAGGACGAGGAGGUGCAGUUUGAUUCGCAGGAUGAAGAUGAGUGCGAGGAUUUGUUCAGCGGGAUGUGGAGUCCUGAGCUUGCGCGGCGGAGGAGGCGGAAUAAGGACUUUCGACGGCAGUGA